AACGACAACUGCGCGACGCAAUUAUUCGUUAUCGACAGUCCAAAGAGGCUGAAUUGCCGUCUAGCCCACCGUCGAUCUCGGACCAUUUCAAUAGCUUAGAAAAUGCUGCUAUGGAACAACUGGACUUCGACGGAUGCUCGCCCUCUUCAGCUUCAUUGAUUUUUACGGCCUCGACACCAUCAACGCAGUCAUCCUCGCGCUCCGGAGCACCCAGACGAAUCACCAAUUGGGAACUUUAUUUGCAAACCAUGGGAACCCACGAUUCCGAGGAUGAAGAUUACCGGGUGCUUGGAAUCAUCGAAAACAAUCGAUAUAUCUCUGCACGCGAACCAUUGGCAAAGUCCCGACAUUUCAUUGAAGAGGUUCUCAACGGGUAUGAUGACGAAGGGUUCAAGACCUACUACCAAAUGAAUCGAGAAGAUUUUCAUUUUGUCCUCGGUUUCAUCGAGACCAACCCGGUGUUCUACAACAACAAUGCUUGUGAACAAGCAUCAGUAAGGUAUCAGCUGGCUUUAUCCUCUUUCGAUUCCGCGCCCAAGGUUCUACUAGUUCAUCAUUAUUAAAAACGGCUGACUUGUUUGGAAUCGGUAAGGGCACCCU